GCCGCUCUGAGCCGCUGUGAGCUUGGGUACACCUUUAGUUAUGGAGACAUCUUCCCGGGGAGUUGUCGAUAUAAGUUGUGGCUUAGAAAAUGUCCUUAUUUUAAUAGAAAAGAAUGUGGUCUCAUCUCCGAUUCCUCAUUUUCAAUAUUCCCCAGAGAAUGUCCAGGGCCCUGGCUGUGCUGUCGACCCAAGUGAAGUCACUCUUUCCGGAUGCUCUUGUGUUUCCCACUCCUGUGUUCUGGAAAGCUGCUCUUGUCUGCAGACUCAUGGACAGGCAUACACCAUCCAGGGCACACUGUUAGUCCAACACACGGAGGACCCAUACGUUACACCUGUCUUUGAAUGUAAUGCCUUAUGCCUCUGCGGCGACUCCUGCCAAAACCGCCUGGUGCAGAUGGGAGUGAGACAUAAACUGGAAGUAUUUUGGACCACAAACAGGGGCUGGGGUGUGCGGACUCUAGAGACGAUCCAGUGUGGAGCUUUUGUGUGUGAAUAUGCUGGAGAAGUGAUAGGAUUUUAUGAGGCCAAGCGGAGACAGCUUGCACAAGGACCAACAGAUAAUAAUUACAUCAUUGCUGUGAGGGAACAUGCAGGAACAGAAAAUAUCACAGAAACGUUUAUUGACCCAGCUCAGAUUGGAAAUGUAGGGCGCUUCCUCAACCACUCCUGCCUACCCUGCCUGUUCAUGGUACCUGUGAGGGUGCACUCUGUUGUACCCAGGCUGGCUCUGUUUGCAGGACGGGACAUUGUCGCAAAAGAGGAACUAACUUUUGAUUACUCAGGAGGAUACAGGGGUUAUUGUAGCCAAGAAGGGUUAUGGUCCAUAGCAGCAAAUCCUACUGAGGCUAUUGGAACAGAUGGACUCCAACAGAAGAUUUGCCAUUGUGGCUCACAAAACUGCACAGGAGUUCUUCCUCUAGAUUUAUCAAUUCUCAGAUAGUUUUAUUAUGAAAUAUUUGUACUUGGUUCUGUACAAACUGUAUCAGUAUUAGUGGAGCAUUGCAUGACAUUCCAGCACACUUAAAUACCAGUACAUACAUGUCUUCUAAUUAUGCAGCUUUCAGACCAAAGCAAUCUGACACUAGCACAAGUGAGACCUAUAUUAUUACAUUUUUACUGCUCUGAGUUUUUUAUU